AUUAGUAAAGUGAUAAUAUUUGUUAUUGUUGCAACAACUUUGUUGUGCUUGGUAACACCUUGCAUAAAUGCAACGAUGAUUAGACAUGGUGGCGAUGAUCUUAAAACAUUCGUGGAGAUAGUCAAUGGUCAUGGAUAUCCUUGUGAACAACAUUAUGCUACGACAGAGGAUGGUUAUAUAUUGGGUUUGUUCCGCAUACCAUAUGGCCGUUCAGGUCCAAGCAACCAAACACGUCAGCCAGUGCUCCUGCAGCAUGGUCUACUCGACUCAUCCAUCACAUGGAUCAUAAACGAGCCAUCAGAGUCACUGGCCUACAUCCUGGCCGACGCAGGAUACGACGUUUGGAUGGGCAACAACCGCGGCAACACAUACAGCACCAACCACACGACCAUCCCCGUCACGGACAAGCGCUUCUGGGAGUUCUCGUUCGACCACAUGGGCUGGUACGACCUGCCCACCACCGUCAACUACGUGCGCCUCGCCACAUCAUACAACAGCAUGCCCUACAUCGGUCACUCCGAAGGCACGAUCCAGGCAUUCAUUGGUUACAUGCACAACGAGUCGCUGGCCGAGUGGGCGCCAUUGUUCCUCGCGCUAGGACCCGUGGGCAACGUAACACACAUCAGCAACAAUGGUCUGCGACUGCUGGCGGACUUGCGUGCCGACGAUCUACUGGCCCUGUUUGGCGAGGAGCGAUUCCUGCCCACGCCCGAGAAGCUUCGCACGACCUUUGUCGACUUUUGUAUCGCCUGUGACGAGUGCUGUGCCACCGUCAUCGAGUUCCUCUGCGGUCCGCAUCGUGGCGCCUUCAAUGACAGUCGCAUGCCAGUCGUCUCUGGUCAUGAGCCAGCCGGUACCUCUGUUCAAAACAUCCGUCACUGGGCACAAGAUGUCCGUAGCAAGCAAUUCCAAAUGUUUGAUUAUGGUCCACUUGGUAAUUAUGAUCAUUACAAACAGUUGAAGCCACCAGUAUAUGAUGUAUCAAAGUUCCCAAGCAGUGUAAAGGUUGCUUUGUUCUCUGGUGGAUUGGAUGAGUUGGCUGAUCCAGUUGAUGUGGCAGACUUGGUCGCACAACUACCCCAACAAUCAGUGAUUGACUGGCAAAAGAUACCAGACUAUGCCCAUUUAGACUAUGUGUGGGCUUUGGAUGCACAUGAGAUAAUCUAUCCAGUCCUAAUCCAACUCAUUCAACAAUCAUUC